ACAGCUGUGAGGAGAAAGGUGAGCGUUUCAGCAUCCCUGUCUGUCUGCACUGUGUGUACUGUUUUCAUCAGAAUCAUGUGGACUAAAUGUGACGCUUUCUGCUACAACUCGGACGUGCGGAGAUCCAUGAGCACAAAGCAUCUUUACAGAAAUCUGGAUAUAGAUUAUAUGAGUUUUUAUCAGUUUUGCUAAAGCUGACAUGUCUGUUGUACUGGGAUUAUGGAUUAGGGUUUAGGGUUUAUGGAUUAGGGGUUAUGGAUUAGGGAUUAGGGGUUACGGAUUAGGGGUUAGAGUUUUGUUGCAGUACAGUAUGAUUUUAAUAAAGUAAUUCACAAGUGAAUAGAAAUUGUGUGUGUGUGUGUGUGUGUGUGUGUGUGUGUGUGAGUGUGUGUGUGUAGGGAGGGUCAGUUAGGAGUGGUCUUUUAGAAGUUUCUGUAACUUUCAUUUGACUCAGUCAUUUCACACUCUGGAGAUUUUCCUCGUGCUAUAAGAUGUCAGCGUGUGUUUUCUCCUCAUUACUCACUGUACUGUGUCUGGGACUGUAUGGAAAAUAUACAUAUGCAGGAGCAUGUACAGGUCCUAUUCUCUCUCCGGCGUCUCUGCUGGUGGAGUAUGGAAGCCCUGCUGAAGUGAACUGCUCCAUACCGAACAAACCUGUGACGCAGUACAUGCUGGGCUGGGAGUCUAAAACCUCACAGCCUCAAACAAGGAAUGAGACGAGUGUUGUGUGGAAGCUGGACAGACUGACGGAGUGGGAGGAAGCUGAAGGAGUUGGAUGUUAUUUCACAGAUGGAAGUAAUCAGUGUAUGAGCUAUGUAAAUCUCACCAUUUACAAGAGGCCAGACAGGGUUACACUGAGCUCUGUGUCUGAUGUGGUGGCAGAGGGAGAUCAGACAGAGCUGAGGUGUGAGAUUGAGAACGUCGGACCUGGAGGUAAACUCAGUGUGCACUGGAGCAGAGCGGAUCCCAAGCAAGACAACACUUUCACACGAUUCACUGACACGUCCUUCCCAGACUUGGUAAAUGAGAUGCAGAGUGUUAACAAGACAGUGACGCUAACCGUCACACCCAGCCGUGAGGACGCUGGAGUUCAGUAUCAGUGUGCAGCUGUGCUGAAUCUGGACCAACAUCUGCUCGUGUUCACAUCACAACCAGUCACCAUCACUGUACACUCUGGGAAACCGUCACUCAUCCCUAUCUGGAGCGCGAUCGCUAUAGUGUUAAUGUUCGCUGUGGUCAGCUUUCAGUGCUGGAUAUAUUUCCAAUACCCACACAUGGGUCGUGCUACAUCCUGAAGCACCUGGUCCUGCAGGAACAACGGCUAUGUCGACCACAAUGCUGCAGACCAAGGACAACUGUAGAUACUGAUGGUAAAACCUGUGUAGUUUACCCUGACUCCAGUGUAUCUAGUGCUAGUUUUGUUUCACUAUGUGGUUUAGUAUGUACAUGUGGAGGAGUUGGAACAAUAAAACCCCUGAUUAAAAAAACUGACCCCAACCCCUGUUAACUGUCCAGCUAUAGGGUAAUAUCAAAUCUCCCCUUUAUAUCCAAGACAAGAUCUUAGAAAAGGUUGUAGCACAGCAGCUAUGCUCGUACCUACAUAGAACAACAUUCAUGAAAUGUACCAGUCAGGAUUUAGACCUCAUCAUAGCACAGUGACAGCACUGGUCUUAUUUGACUGAACGUUAUCAGUUCGUAGAUGUAAAUGGAGACUUCUCUAUGCAUACUGAGGUAAAGUUUGCUGUUCCACAAGGUUCUGUUUUAGGCCCACUGCUUUUUACUUUAUAUAUGCUCCCUCUAGGUCAAAUUAUUCGUAAACAUGGAAUUAUCUUCCACUGUUAUGCUGAUGAUACACAGCUGUAUGUUUCAGCGAAGCCAGAGGACAGACAGCAGCUUAGUAAAGUUGAGGAAUGUGUAAAGGACAUUAGACGUUGGAUGAUUAUUAACUUCCUUUUAUUUAAUUCUGAUAAGACAGAAAACUUUAUUGGACCACGUGUAGCUAGAAGUAAUCUUUCUGAUCUCACAGUAACUCUGGAUGGACUUUCUGUUUCAUCAUGUGCAGCAGUAAAAGACCUUGGAGUGAUUAUUGACUCCAGUCAAUCAUCUGAUGCUCAUGUAGAUAAUAUUACUAGGAUAGCCUUCUUUCAUCUCAGAAAUAUUUCUAAGAUAAGAAAUAUAAUGUCACUACAUGAUGCAGAAAUAUUAGUUCAUGCUUUCAUCACCUCUAGACUAGAUUACUGUAAUGACAGUACCUGAGCAGACUUUGGCUUUUUAUGAUCCACCACGCCUUCUUCAUUCAAAAGAUGCAGGCUAUUUGUUGGUGAAUGGAAUAGUGAAGGCUACAGCAGGGGGAAGAGCUUUCGCUUGCAAAGCCCCACAGUUAUGGAACAGUCUUCCAAUUAGUGUUCGGGACUCAGACACAGUGUUUACGUCCAGGCUGAAAAAAUAUUUGUUUAGUCAAGACGUUUGUGAAUAGUUUUUUUCUUAAUUAAAGGAGCAGAUCUAGAGGCUCACAGGCAUAGAGUGUAGUAGUGAACUGGGAUGUUGGAUGCUGUCGCCCCCCACUCAAACUCAUUUUGUUUAUGGUGGGGCGGCUGGCCGCUUUAUGACUGUGUUACCUUCUGGUUCUCCCUUUUAGUUAUGCUGUCAUAGCUAGUCUUGCCUGAGUCGUUGCUUGCACUCUGCACACAAAGGACAUUGUCCUUAACCAUAAUGGGAAAAUGAGCAUAACCUAAUUAUCUAUUUCUCUCUCUAUUAGAGAAUACUUGAAGGGGUGUAAUACCAGUGCCAGCUUUGAACAGGGAUUUGUGUCCGUACUCGAUUCAGGAUAGCUGGGAGUUCCAGGUUGAGGGGUAUCUGGUUGUGAUACAUCAAAGCACUGCUUCCAACUCCUGAUUGGCCUGUUCCACCAGACCAUUGCAAGUCCAAGGUAAUGUGGGACCAGGGGCAGCUGGGACCUAGCAAGGGACAAUGCAGUCCAACAGGUCUGCACCUCUGGUGCACACUGAGCAAGUAGAGAUGAAAGACCAGAUGUAGUGUCACGUCAAAAGACCUAACAUGCAACUGGAACCGGGGUUACACGCGAAUGGGGAGGAGUGCCUAGUCCCUAAUGAAGCAGCAGUAAAAGUUAGCAAACCCCAGGAACCAUUGUAGCUUCAGGGUGGUAGGUCUCGGCCACUUGGUGAUGGCCAGAAUCUUCUCAGAAUCAGCCUGCACCCACUGGCUCUUCAACCACCCGCUUUUCCGCUUUUCACAAACAGGUGAUUCUCUAGCAGCCAUUGCAGGACCUGACGGACAUGGAGGAUGUGCUCAGUGGGGGUGCGAGAAAAGAUCAAGAUAUCAUCUAUAUACACAAAAACAAAGCAGUUCAGAAAGUCUCUGUGGACAUCAUUCACCAGGGCGUGGAACACUGCUGGGGCAUUGGUGAGGCCAAAGGGCAUGACCAAGUACUGGAAGUGGCCCAGGAGUGUGUUAAACACCGUCUUCCACUUAUCCCCAUCUCUGAUCCUGACCAGGUGGUAUGCAUUUCACAGGUACAACUUGGUAAAGAUAGUGGCCCUAUAGAGUGGCUCAAACACUGAGCUGAGGAGAGGCAGGGGUUACUUAUUUUUAACAGUGAUGCUGUUCAAGCUCUGGUAAUCAAUACAAGGAAGGAGGAAAUGGUCUUUCUUGGACAUGAAAAAGAAGGUUUUGUCCUUGCCAAAACCCUCUCCCAGGUCAGGGUACUCAGAAGGCAUGGUCGAGAGGUCGGGGGGCCAAGGCCAGUGGAGGUGGUGUCCAUUGAGAUGGAGGGCAGAUGGAGGGCAAGCGAGGAGCGAGGCUGGUUCUCUCCCUACACCCUUCUCACAUGUGGUGGUCCAGCCUAAUGGUGAGGGAGAUCAGCAAGUCGAGGGUGUCUGACUCAUCCUUAGGGGCCAGAUCAUCCUACACCUGUUCGUUGAGCUCACUCAGGAACACCCCCUGGAGUGCUGCCUCAUUCCAGCUACACUCAGUGGCCAGGAUGCGGAAGUCCAGAAUAUUCUGCCACAAUGUGGGACCACUAGCAAAGGGAGAACAGACAUUUGGCAGCCUCCUUCAAUUGGACGGGGUAGUCAAACACCUUCUGUAGCUUAAUGUUGAAGGAGGACACAGGGGCUGGCUGUCACAACCCAGGCCAAGGCAUCUCCCCUUAGCAGCCCCAUUAUGUAGGAGACCUUGGCUUCAUUGAUGGCAUAUGUCAGCAGGCACUGGCCAAAUAUAAGGUGCAUUGGAGGAGAAAUGAUUUCUCUAAAUCAACUGUGUAGGUUUCAGGGUCUGGAACAUGCACACCAUGGAAGCCAUAGGGCUGGGACAGGGAGCAGGGGAGGCUGAAGGGAUGGCCUGACUGGGCUGGGGGUUAGGGGGCAUUUAGACCAUUUGGGAGGGGAUGCAAUUAAAGUGCUGGUCAAGGAGCCUUAUCUGGCUCACACACAGAAACAAGAAGGAAAGAUAAACUCUGGAAGCACAAGGAACUCAACAAAGGAAAAGUGGAAGAUUUUAAACUGGCCAAGUCAAUCACAUUACCUUAACUUAAUUGAUCAGCAUUUCACCUCCUGAAGAGGAGACUAAAACCAACAACUGAAAGAAGCUGCGGUAAAAGCCUGGAAAAUCAUCACAAAGAAGAAACCAACAGUUUGGUGAUGUCAGUGAGUCGCAGGCUUGAUGCAGUUAUUGCAAAAAGGGGAUAUGCCUCCAAAUAUUAAGUGUUAUUUACUUUAAGACAAUCUGUUCCAAUAUAUUUUGCUCACCUAAAAAUUGGGGGGUCUGCCACCAAAAAUGCCAAGUUGUUUAACACGUCUAGAUGUAAAUAUCAGUUGCUAUAUGACAGAUAGAAGCUGAUGUUAAGUUGAUCUGCUAACGUUUCUUUGACGUUGUGUAAUCACAACGUGCUCACAUCGUCAUUUAGUCUCGAGACGUAACGAAGAUAGGGACGGAUGCAAAUGCAGUUUUACAGUUUUAUUGAAGAGAGACACAGGCAGGUAAAUCCAAAUCGUAAUCCACAAACGUAAUCCAGAAACAUGCAAAGGUCAGGCGAUCAGCAAACAGGCAUAAACUGGGCAAGGCAGGAAUCAAUGUCGUGGUCACGGAAAACAGGGUCAAAAUACAAAACAAGAAACAUAAACAAUAGCGAGGGACUGGGAGCGGAGAAACCAGCGUGGACUAAAUCUAAUGUUUAACCUAAAUAACUCUAACAAGGAACCUAACAUGGAUAUUAACUAUGACUAUGACUAUCUAUGGUAACGAAUCGAAUCUAAACUAAACUUAUCUAAUCUAAUCUAAUAUUCUGCGCCGUGUGCUGGGGGGCACAUGGUAUAUAUACAAACAUAAUCAGCGUCAAUUGCUGACGGCUGACAGUAAUCUAGAUACAUGUGAAAUAAUAGCCAAUGACAGAACAGGGAGGAGACAUAACAGAAACAACAAAAAGCAUGUGUCCAAUGUACACAAUGUCACGAUUGUCAACAAACGAAAAGCAGGUGCUCGUGCACCUUGCUCGUGCACACGCGCCCACAUGCUCUCCAGCGCGCUGCUUAAAGGGGAAACCGUGACAGAUACAUUGUAUUAGUCUUCCACCUAGUGGUCAGAAAUGUGAACUGCAACAAGUGCUAAUAGAGUUCCUUUGGAACAGAAGUGUGUGAACAUUACUGUCACCUCAUUUCCCCCUCAGUGGCUGAGAAAAAGAAGAAAAACAUGUCUCCCUUUUCCAGUGCUGAAAGUUAUGAGCUAGCUUCAGCUCAUUUGUGUGGUUUGAGAUAUGUCUGUGGUGAACAUGUGCUGAAACCCAAGAUACCAGUUAAAUACUGCAAGAUUUACAACAAUGUUUUACAGUGAACAUAACCUCCAUCAUUGGUUCACUGUGGGCGUGUCCCAAACCACACACCAAGUAUGCUAUAUAGUCCACAUAAACACCACACUAAAGUAAGAAAAUCUACAGCUGUUUGGAAUUGCAAAACACUGGUUUUAACUUGAUUCAGCAAACACACACACACACACACACACACACACACACACACACACACACACUCUCUCUCUCUCUCUCUCUCUCACACACACACACACACACAUACACACACACACACACACACACACACACACACUGGUGUAUCCAGUUAAACUCACUUGGCUACUUUGCAGUCUGUGGCCCAAACCUUCAUUCACACAUAUACAACCUAGAGGUGGUCAUUAUCAAGUCUGAAACCAACUCACACACACUCACACACACACACACUCCUACACUUACUUACACACUCACACACACUCACACACACACAUCUUACAGGAUUUACAGGAAGACUUGAAACGUAGUCCAGAGGAGAGCAGAUUCACAGACAGGGGACGAUAAACAACGCAGGGUGGAUGUGUGUGGAGCUGUUCUGUGAUGUAAAGCGUUUAAGGAGGUUAAAGGUCACUGUAUAAGGAGUGGGAGUGAAUUGAUCUGAUCUGGUCUCAGGAAACUUAAGCAGAGAAAGUGAUGAGAGAGUGAGGAGCUGCUGGAGUUUAGUUCAGAGGCACAGAGAGACGUGAUGUUUCAGUCUCUGUGAAACGUGUUGAACAGGUCAGACAGGACGAGGAGGACGAGAUGCACACUCACCAUGAGACACUAACAAACUUCGCUCGCGCUCUGCAGAGCUUUUCCCUGCGUAAAGCAGAGACUUGAUUCAGACUCCGGCACUGACUUCCUCAGGACCACACCGCAUUUACUUUAGGGUGCGUGAUGGCUGAACUUGGACCCGAGUUGUUCUCUGAGCAGGAGCUGACGUGUUCCAUCUGUUUGGACUUGUUCAGCGAGCCCGUGUCCACGCCGUGCGGACACAACUUCUGCCAGAGCUGCAUCGGUGGUUACUGGGCCUCCAGCGUCGAGUGCACCUGUCCUCUGUGUAAGCGGCCCUUUGAUGGGCGUCCGGAGCUCAGCAUCAACCGUGUGUUUGCUCACAUCGCACAGAAGUACAAGGAGAUGCACUACGGAGGGCCUCCGCCCGUCAAACCGAGGAAGAACAUCCCAGCUGCCGGCGCAGCAGCAGGAGGAGUCGCGCUGCAGAACGGCACCAACACCCUGGACAUCCCGUGUGACGUGUGCACCGGCAGGAAGGAGCGAGCCGUGAGCUCGUGUCUCACCUGCAUCGCCUCGUACUGUGAGACGCACGUGAAGCCGCACCGCCAGACGCCGUUCUACGCCUCGCACCGACUCCUGGACCCGCACGAGGCUCUGCAGGGACGCACGUGUCGCAUACACGGUCGGCUGCUGGAGGUUUUCUGCCGCACGGACCAGCGCUGCAUCUGUGCCAUCUGUGUGCUGGAGGAACACCGAACUCACGCCACCGUGUCUGUGCAGACCGAGCGCGCCGUCAAACAGAGGAUGCUCGGGAAAACCGAACUGGACAUCCAAACGUCCAUCGAGAGACGAGGGCUGCGUAUCACAGAACUCAAACAAAGACUGCAGUUCCUCAGGAACUACGCCCAGGCCGAGCUCUCCGAGGUGGAGAAUGUCCUCUCUGAUGUCACUCAGUCGGUGGAGCGAAUCCGCACUGAGCUGGUGGGCGGGAUCGAGGACAAGCGAGACUCCGUGAUAGGCCAUGGGGAGAGGAUUGUGUCAAAGCUGGAGGCAGAGCUAAGCAAGCUGCAGGAGCGCAGGGCGCUACUGGAGGUUCAGGCCACAUCAGAAGACCACAUAAGCUUCCUACAGAGCUUUGAGGAGACGAACACUCCGUAUCAGGACACCAUGACGCUCGACACCGAUUCUGAUCUGGAGUUACACUUUACUUUUGGGGAGGUGAAGAGCGCACUGGGCGAGAUACGAGAGAAACUGGACGACAUCCACAUGGGCGAAGUUCACUACAGACACUCAGUGUCGUCACUGCCCGAGUCGGAGAGCAUGAUGAGCAUCAGGUCCAAUAAGAAGAAGGACUUUUCACUGAAAGAUCUGCGGAAGCUCAGAUCAGGAUCCAGUAUCAAAAAGGUCAGAGGUUAUUUAGAGGACGUGACGUUAAACCCAGUGACGGCGUAUCCCUUCCUCAUCCUCUCAGAAGACAGGAAGCAGCUGAAGCGUGGGGAGAAGCUGCAGUUUUUCAGGAACAGCACUCAGAGAUUUGACGUAUGGAGCUGCAUUACGGCUAAAGAGGGAUACAAUACAGGACGCCAUUACUGGGAGGUGAAUGUUGGUGAUAAUAAAGACUGGAAAGUGGGCGUGGUGAGAGACUCCGCCCAGAGGAAGGGGCUGUUCGAUAUGAGCCCCAGCAAUGGUUACUAUGUACUGUGGUGGAGCACCAAUCACCUGCGAGCUCUCACGACCCCGCCCCUGACCAAGGUGAAGAUCAAUGGCCGACUGCGUUAUCUGGGCGUGUAUCUGGACUGUGAGGAGGGUCAUGUGACCUUCUACAACGCCAAGACGGGUUCUGAGAUUUACUCGUUCGUUACAGAGGGAGCGUUCAGCGAAAGGAUGUUCCCUCUGUUCGGCACUGCCGAUAAAGAAAUACCACUCAUACUACCGGCUGCACCAACACACCCACCUGAGUGAGGGAAUGAGGGGAGGAGAAGUGAGAGAACCAGAAAGCAGGUGGGAAAGGAAAGAGGAAAUAAGUGAAAGAGAAAAGUGCAGAGCAUAAAAGCAGCAAAAGAGGAGAAAAUGAAUGAGACACCAAUCUCUCACAGGGUUACACACACAACAACAACAACAACAACAACAAUAACAACAACAAUAACAACAAUGUAAGAAAGCAAAGUAACAACGAAAUAAAAAGAAAAAAGUAAAAAAAAUAUUAAUGUACAGACCAAAUAUAAUUUAAAUAGGAAGUAUAAAUAAAAUCUUAACGAUGUUCUUAACAUUAAUCAAUCUUUACAGCAAGAGAAAUAAUACAAAUGCUUUUUAAAAAACGUGGAGUGAGGAGAAUGUUCAGGAGUGGAGAAUGUUCAGGAGUGGAGAAUGUUCAGGAGUGUGGAGAAUGUUCAGGAGUGUGAAGUGUGUAAAAUAGUUUAAAAAUCAGAAAGAAAAAAGAAAAAGUCUUCUAAAGACACCAGGACAUCAGCCUGUGUUUCUGCUCCUGCUGUACAGAGUGUACACCGUCAGUGCUCAGUGUGUAUUUAGUUCUGUGUGUGUGUGUGAGUGAGAGAGAGAGAGAGAGAGAGAGAGAGAAAGAGCAAGAGAGAGAGAGAAAGAGAGAGAGAAAGAGCGAGAGAGAGAAAGAGCGAGAGAGAGAAAGAACGAGAGAGCGAAAGAGCGAGAGAGAGAGAGAGAGAGAGAGAGAGAGAGAGAGAGAGCAGGACAGAUGAAAUAAAUGCUGAGGAGGUGUAUUGUGGACUCUGGACACUCGCACUGCCUUUUAUUUUUAUUUUUGAUGAACACGGGUUUGGGGGUUGAUUUAUUUUUCCUCUUCAUGUGUGAAAUUGAUGUUACUGUAAUAAAUAAAUAAACAAACUAUGAAACUUU